AAGAUGCGCGCGCACAUAGGUACGGCUAUUCGUCGUUUUCUACGCAUUGCAACUUGCAAGCUCGUGUUAGAUCUUGAAGGAACAUAAAUGUUGACAGAUAUUUUAAAGUUACCACGAAAAUCAUCAUCUUGCAUAACUUACAUUAUAAAGCGAAUAUUUUUUUAUCUUCUUGAAUGCACGACAUAUCGAAUCACUUAGGAAGAAUCGCGAAUCUCUUUUAUAUAUUUUCGCAAAACUAUGGAGAAUGAACAACGACAUUAUGAAUUACGAAGUGGAAGUAGAUCACGUUCUAGAACUCCUUUGGUGCAAACUUGUACCAUGAUUGAACCAGAAACUCUAGAACAUCAUUAUCAUUUAAGAAGUUUAAGUCAGGAGAGAUCUCAUACUCCUGGAGAAGUUGCAAAUACUAAAAGAUCUGGUCCUAGAAUAUUAUCUGGUAGUAGCAGUAAAACAAAUGAUCAAAAUGUGGAGGCUAUAGUGGAAAGAAAAAAAGAAAUUCUCACUGUUGAAACAACAUUGGGGGAUAAAAAUAAGCGAAUUGAAAAUCCUUCUGUCUAUACAAAAAGAGGAGAACGUCGAUCUGAACGGCAAAAGGCAAAAAAACAGAUAUUUGCAAAUGGUCAAACUGAUAACAAGGAAGGUUCAUUUGAAUAUAAAAGCGGAGAAAGCCAAAAAAACAUCUUUCCACAUAGAACUAUUACUAGUGAUUAUUCUUCAGAGGAAACAGAACAAGAAGAAUUGUCUGAUAGAUCAUGUUCUGCGCAUGAAAUCUAUAAGCAAGCUGGUGAUUGGUGGAAUGUAUUUCCUAAAACGGACUACACCUAUUCUGAAAGGUCCAAGUGUCGUUAUGAAAUAGCGCCAGGUAUACUAGCCAUGCCUAAUAUGUCACGGCGAUCUAUCCAUUCAAAUACGCAGGAUUCUAAUCGAUCCUUGCACGUUCCAUCUGAGAAUGUUGUAUAUGAAAGAACAAAUAUCGGAAAAGAGAAAGGAACAAAAGCAGAAGAUUCUAUAUUUGUUAAUGAAUAUUAUGGAGCACAUAUAUCAAGUACGGAUAAGUCUAAAGCUCAAUACACAAAGACACAUAUAGAACAGUACCGUUGUCACAGGGAAGUAAUUUAUGCAGAACCUACUAAUUCAACGAAUUCACAAUCAAGGCAAUCGUUGAGCUCUGAUUUACCAUUAAAACGUAUUGAUUCUCGAAAAUGUAGAAUUACAUCUGCUGUUGAUUCAGAUACUGAAUUAGAAGAAACAGCUUCAAAUAACUAUAGCCAAAGAAGCAAAAUAACACAUCAGUUUACGAGUUUUAUACUGGUUACUGCUUUAUGGUUUAGCAAAUUCCUUGAAUUUCUAAAGCUGAAGCCAGUCAGAAGAAGAGAAUAUUAUGCCACUUAUGAAUAUCAAAGAUAUGAAUCUAGAUGGUCCAAGAUUUGGAAAUAUAUUGACAGUCCUUUGCAUUAUAUUUAUCUUUUUAUGGUCAGGGUGUUUUUCUUUGACUCGUGGUUGUUGAGUCGUGUAUCCAGUAUUAGGAGAUGGAUGCAUCAGAAAAGCCCAAUACUGUUUUGGAUUGCUUUAUUGCCACUGUUUCUUCUUACUGGUUGCUGGUGUUUACCACAUCUUUCAGCUCUAUUUCCUCAAACCAAAGUAAUUACGCGGGAAUUUGGAACUGGACAGGAGUUAGUUGCAAGUGAAAAGCAAUUAUUUUUAAAGGGGGAAAUGUUUGGAAAAGAAGAUAAUUUUGAAUCGAUCACCGAAAAAUUACACAGUAGGAUCAACAACUUGGAGGAUCGAACUAUCAAACAAUCUGACCGCCUUUUCAAUAUAACUCAAGCGCUGGAGCGGCUUAAAGAAAGGGGAUAUAUCUGGCCAAAAGAUGAUAAUGAAAUAUUAUUGUUGGAGGAGAGACUGAAAGAAUAUAAAUUAGCCGAUAUCUAUUCUCAAGAAAUUGAUGUUAUUAAGUCUCAGUUGGAGAAACUGAAAGAAUUUUAUUCGGAGUUAAAAUUAUGCUGUAGCACACGUACAAAUCAUAUUACUAGCGAAGAUUUAGAAAAACGUAUCGAAAUGGUCUUAAUUGAUCAUUUCGGUACGUUGAUGUCGAACGCAGAAAAAGUUAAAGUUCGAGACAAAUCAUGGAUUGCGAAUGAUGUUAUAACGGAUGAUCGCGUUCGCGAAAUAGUCAAGGAAGCCAUAAAAAUAUAUGAUGCGGACAAAACGGGACGCGUUGAUUAUGCUUUAGAAUCUGCCGGUGGUCAGAUCAUUAGUACACGUUGUACUCAAAAAUACGAUAUAAAAACUAGGGUAGUCAAACUGUUGGCUUUUACACUAUAUCAUGAAAAUAAUAAUCCUCGUACAGUGAUACAAGGAAAUCCAAUACAACCAGGUGCUUGCUGGGCAUUUCAAGGCUUUCCAGGAUAUUUAUUAAUUAAGUUACGAAGUUCUAUUUAUGUUACUGGAUUUACAGUUGAACAUGCACCGAAAUCGAUUUUACCCAAUGAAGAAAUGAGAAGCGCGCCUAAAAAGUUUAAUGUCUGGGGUUUUGUCGAUGAAAAUGAUUCUGAACCUGUAUUGUUUGGUGAUUACGAAUUUGCAGCUUCGGACGAUAAUCUACAAUACUUCCCAGUUGAAAAUACAGCAAUCAAGACACCAUAUGAAUAUGUGGAAUUAAGGAUACACAGUAACCAUGGACAACUUGAAUAUACAUCAGGAGUGGAUUUGCAAUUCGAUUCAUAUCAGUCAAUAAAGGGAGUAAGUAAAUGAGUCGGUGAGUGCGCGUGAGUCAGUAAUGAGUGUCAGUGGAGAAAGGGUUGGGAGGGAAGAAGAUUGGAAGGGAGAGCCAUUGCAUGUUGUGCCUUCAAUUACUCUUCGAUAUAACAAUAACCAUCACGAUUUAAGGAGAGAUUUAUUCUUUAACGCGUAGAGACAUACGCAAAGUGAAUAAAGCGAACGUAAGUUACCGUUAUCAUACGUAGACAAUACAAGCCUAAGUGUAUAUAUGUAUAUGUGUAUAUAUAUAUACAUAUACAUAUACAUAUAUACGUAAGUACAUGGAGUCGAUUAUUUAAUCAUUUUCUUUCUUUGUACGAGUGUUUAUACUUCUUUUCCCUCAAGUUUUAUCAUCAAGCACAAAUGUAACAACUGUUUUCAGCGAAAUGUACAAAAAAACACAAGCUGUUUUUCGAAGAACCAAUUAGAUAGGAAUAAAAAAUGAAAAAGCUCAGCGUUCUAAAUAUUACUCAAAGUUCAGUAUCAUUAUGUUUCUGAUAUCGUACAGUUGUAAAACUCACACGACAGUACAAAUUGUAAAGAAAAAA